GCCCCGCGCCCGCAGCUCGCCCAGGCGGAGUCAGUCCGCGCUCCGCCCGCCGCGCUUCGGGCUCGGAGGUCCGGACUCCGGGCUCGCCGCCUGCUGGGCCGGUUCCGCGCCCCGCACUCUCGCGCCCCGCGCCCGGGCGGAGCGCACCAUGCCGCAGCUGGACUCCGGCGGGGGCGGCGCGGGCGGGGGCGACGACCUAGGCGCGCCCGACGAGCUGCUGGCCUUCCAGGACGAAGGCGAGGAGCAGGACGACAAGAGCCGCGACAGCGCCGCGGGCCCGGAGCGCGACCUGGCCGAGCUCAAGUCGUCGCUGGUCAAUGAGUCCGAGGGCGCGGCGGGCGGCGCGGAGGUCCCGGGGGCCGGCGCCGGGGCCCGCGGCGAGGCGGAGGUCGGGGCUGAGGCGCUCGAACGGGAGCACACUUCGCAGAGACUUUUCCCCGACAAACUUCCAGAGUCUCUGGAGGACGGCCUGAAGGCCCCAGAGUGCGCCAGCGGCAUGUACAAAGACACCGUCUACUCCGCCUUCAAUCUGCUCAUGCACUACCCGCCCCACUCGGGAGCAGGGCAGCACCCCCAGCCGCAGCCCCCGCUGCACAACAAGGCCAGCCAGCCAGCCCACAGCGUCCCACAACUCUCUCCUCUCUAUGAACAUUUCAGCAGCCCCCACCCUACACCUGCACCAGCCGACAUCAGCCAGAAACAAGGAGUUCACAGGCCUCUGCAGACCCCUGACCUCUCUGGCUUCUACUCUCUGACCUCAGGCAGCAUGGGACAACUCCCCCACACUGUGAGCUGGCCCAGCCCUCCUCUCUACCCCUUGUCCCCUUCCUGCGGAUAUAGACAGCACUUCCCUGCCCCCACUGCAGCCCCUGGCGCCCCCUACCCCAGGUUCACCCACCCACCCCUGAUGCUAGGCUCUGGUGUGCCUGGCCACCCCGCGGCCAUCCCCCACCCGGCCAUCAUACCUCCCUCAGCGAAGCAGGAGCUGCAGCCGUAUGACCGCAGCCUGAAGACGCAGGCAGAAUCCAAGGUGGAGAAGGAGGCCAAGAAGCCAACCAUCAAGAAGCCCCUGAACGCCUUCAUGCUGUACAUGAAGGAGAUGAGAGCCAAGGUCAUCGCAGAGUGCACACUCAAGGAGAGCGCGGCCAUCAACCAGAUCCUAGGCCGAAGGUGGCACGCGCUGUCUCGGGAAGAGCAAGCCAAGUAUUAUGAGCUGGCCCGAAAGGAGAGGCAGCUGCACAUGCAGCUGUACCCAGGCUGGUCAGCGCGGGACAAUUAUGGGAAGAAGAAAAGGCGGUCACGGGAGAAGCACCAGGAAUCCAACACAGAUAACUCUCUUCACUAUUCCUAGGAGGAAAAAGAAAUGCAUUCGGUACUUACCCGGAGAAGGCCGCUGCCCCAGCCCCGUUCCUUCCGAUGACAGUGCUCUAGGCUGCCCCGGGUCCCCAGCCCCCCAGGACUCGCCCUCAUACCUCCUGCUGCCCCACCUCCCCACAGAACUGCUUGCUAGUCCUGCGGAGCCGGCGCCUACAUCACCAGGGGUCUCAGCCGCUCUCAGCCUCCCAGCCCCCUGGACCCCCCCAGGCCCUCCCCGGCACCCUGCAGAGUACACAGGUGCAACGACAGGAAUCUCAGAGACAGGCAGCCUAGCAUGCACAGGACACCUGGCCGCCUCCAGGGGCCCAUCCUCUGAGAGGAAGCGACAGAGCCCCAAAGCACGUGGACACUGGCCAGGGGCCCUGUUACCUCCCUCUCAGGGAGCAGGCUCAGGAGACUUCCGAGGCUGCACAACUUCUGCCUGAACCUGGGGCCAUCAAUUCCAACUGCUCCAAGUGGUGGGAAUCAGAUCGGUGUUGUGUCAUCUGAUUAAGGGCAUCCCUUGUGCCUACAGCAGCCUGCAUCUAUUCCUUUUAUCACCUGUCUUGCUGGCCAGAUGCCCCCUGCCUCCUCUGCUUUUCUGCUAUAGGUCAUAGAUGGGCGGGACUGAGCCCAGCUGCUUUCCGUACCCUACACCUCCCCAGUCCCACCACUGCCACACCCUCCCCAUACCAGACACUUCAUGGACCAAGAAUGAGCUGGUUUAUGAAACAACACCUCAGCAUGGUCACAACCACAUGCUCAAGAGGACAAUGCUUCUCUCAGGCCCGGAGAAGCCCCAUUGACAGAAAAGGAGUAAUCAUUCUUAAGCUGGACCAGAAGGAAGCCUCUUGCCAUGUUCUCAAGAGCUUGCAAGACAAGGAGGGAAUGGAAUGGGUUAAAUCUAGGCCUAUCACCCUAGGCAACAGGAAUGACCGGACACUACCUUAUCAGGCAAGUAUGGGCAGUGAGACCUACCUGGCUCUGGUUCAGAUUACUUGGAAAUGUUUUCAAGAGAAACUCAACCUCCCCAGAAGCUCUGAUUACCAAGGUCCCAAGCCUGUCUCUAAUGGCUGAACUCAACAGCUGAAAGAAAUUAUGGCCCAAAACCCGGUGUGCAUCCCUCCCUACUCCAAGAGCCUCUGUCACAGCUCCAUUUUCUGCUUUAUCCGUGUCAGUCUUGGCAGCUCUUGAGCAGCUGAGGGCAAACCUCAUGACAGCCAGUGUCUACCUUUCAGCACGAAACAGGCCAGCUUCAGUUUCCCGAUGGGGCUGCAGGAAGGACCAUCACCAUCAAAGCAAGGAGCCCAGAGAACCUCCAGUGGUAGUCAGUGGGUUUUCACCACAGCCUACUUUCCCAUUUCUGAGCCAAGCUUCAACCCUGAGCCUUAAAAAAAAAAAACAAACUUUUAAUUUAAUUUUUUCCCCCUCUUCCUCACUGUACAUAGCCUGAAUCCAAAGAAAAAGGGCUGUUCCUAUACCCGUACAUCCCUCAACAAAAGCCUUUAGUUCCUAACUUUAGCCACUGGCUUCUCAGAAUCCAAAGAACAUAUAUUCUAGUGUAGUGUUGCAAGAAGUCUUGAAAGAAAAGGACUAUUGUAGUGUUCAAAAUAUUUUUGUAUUGUUAAUGCAUCAUCAAACAAAAACUUUUUUAACAUGAGAAUAAAGAUACUUUUUACUGGGUUUCGAAAUUUUUCAAAGCUUGACCCUAAGGAAUAAGCUGUUUCAGUAAUAGAGCUUGACACUCUCCUUUUCUUACCCACAGCCAUAAAACUUGGGGCUUAUUCGCUAUCAUGGGACCCACAUUUUCUCAAGACUUUCAAUCAACAGAAGCCAAAGAUUACUUUCCUCAACUCCCCUAUUGGGGCUUAGGCCCUGCCCAGCCCCAACCACAAGAGCUAAUAAGCUCCCUCUAUGUGUAAACUCCUCAACCCUCGGACCUCACAAGUGAUGCAGGGACAGGCCAGCCUGUAUAUGGGAAUGGGCUGUAAACUGCCACCAAAUACCCACACAACCACUAGGCUCCAUCUUCCUCCCACAGAGAGAAAAGACCCCAACACUCCACAAGCACACAUCCUAUUUUGAAGCAAACCGGAGUCUCUCUUAUAAGCUGGUAUCAGAAAACUUGAAAGAGCAUUUUAAUAGCACCCUUUCCUCCCAAAGCUAAUUGGGUGCUUAAAGUAUCUUCCUAUUUUUAUACAAAUCCUCUCCAGUUUGAUAAAUCUACAGCCUCCUUUUUAACAGCAGUUUCUAUCAUGUUUAAGAAUACUGUUAACUCCUCAAACUCAUCAUGAAUGUAAAAGGUGCAAAGCCACUUCAAUAGGUCAAGCAGAUCCCAAGUCACCAUGCAUUGUAAUGUUCACGGAGAUCUAUUUUUGGGAUUUUAUGUUUAAAAAUAUUUAUAAAUAAAGUCAUCUUCCAGAGUAGUGUCUAUCUAAAGUAGGCCACUGGAAGUUGUAA